CCGUGGAACCCAGCGGUUUCGGAUCCUUACCAAUUUCAUCAGUAGAUUUCCCCGCUGACGAGUUCCCAUCACUGUUCUUUCCGAACACAAACCAGGGGCAUAGUUUCUCCGUCGCUGCCCUGGAAAACCCACCAUCGACUGGGGAACGAUUCUUCACUUGAAUCAACAUCAUCAACACUUCCUGCUCCUCUUGUUCACCCCUCGUUGUCUCCCCACCGACUGGCUUGCUGGUGGAUCUCUUCUUAAACAUCGGGAUCAACAAAUCGGCUCCAUACUGGUUACGGGGGAAAAUACCUGCAGCUUGACGCCCCAGCAAAAACCAAAGCGUGUCCUCAUUCGGCUCAAGCUGCAACUGCACAAAGUGGGUGAACCCCAUGUACCAACCAUCCCACUUCGAGCACCACUUGUUGAAUUCUGGUCUCAAAUUCUCCUUGCUGAUCAUCCGCUUGAGAUAUAUCGGCAGCUUUUUCUUGCCUUGUAGCACCUUCAAGAAUUGCUGCACCGGUACAAAUUGCCCGAUCGUGUGGCACCACUGGGAAAAGUCUUUGUCCCCCAUCAUACACGUGUCCAUCGCCAGAAGCAGCAAAAUCCGAGCAACCAUCUCGCCAAUUUCGCCAACUCCACCGGUGUCCAAUGCUUCAUCCAAAAGGAGGUUCUUGAGUUGCGGCAGGAUAUACUUUGCCAAACCAUGUUUCAGUUCAUACCACACUUUCAUCGCUCCUAAGGCGAGCACUGGGUCCGAAGCGUAGCUGGUGACGUAACCCUCUCGUUUGAAAUUCACAUACGCGAGAAUCGCCAUGAAGUCGGCAGUCGCCCGAGAUGCCAGAGCCGACGUUGAAUGCGGGCGCACGCCCAGACGGCAAAGCAUGGAGGCGACACCAAGCAUGGUAUCCUUGUUGUACGCAUUUUGCGAAGGUAGCAGCUUGUUCGCCGCAAGAUUGAUCACAUCUUCUCUAUCCGCAGGAUUGGGGCAAGUGCUGUACCACAUCGGACGCCCCAUGCGGCACAACGCGUGCCAAGCUUGACUCGCAUCCCCGGUAACGAUUCUCUUGUACAUAGCUAUCUUAGCACGUUCUUGCUGUUUCUUCUUCUCUUCGUCUUUUUCAGCUCCCACCGCAACCUGAGUUUCGUCUUCCAUUUCUUCAUCUUCUGCUCCCGCAUCUAGUAUUUCCUCUUUCAUUUCUUCAUCUACAUCUUGGAUGUCCUCUUUCAUUUCUUCAUCUUCGCCGGCUUGUUUUUCUUCACAGUAUUGAUCCCAGUGUGCGUCCAUUGUCUCAGCUAACACCACUGGCGCAAACGAUGCCAACUCUCCAUCGAAAAGCCGAGAUGAUGGGUCCAACAACAGCGGAGGCGCCAGGUCCGAGAUCCUGGAGUUCGUAUCAAUCAGCACGCCGAAAAUGCAUCCACGAUGGCCGAUAUCUUUGUUCACGGAUCUGAGAGCAUUUCGCAACAUUCGGAAGUCAUUCUUCUUGUCUGGCUUCUCAGUCAGCAGGCUUCUCGCUUCAUCGAUCACCAGAACCACGAUUCUGCCAUUUGGAUUCUUCUCGGUGGAGGUAUCCCCCUCCAGCGUAUCUGUUUCAUCCGAAAGUUUCGCCUUUACAGAGGUGUCCGCUGCCUUUUCGGUAAACAGCUUCAGCCAUUCCUUCUGAACGUCCGCCCAAUGCUUGUUCGCGUAGACGUAAAUUGUCUUCAAUCGACUGGCGAUGUCUUCCACUUCGGAGCCUUCUUGAAACAGCCAACCACGAAGCUCGCUCGUAGCCUUGGGAAACCCCGUCGACUCGUGCACACGAGCACACAUGUACAGGACUUUCAUGUUCAAGGCGCUCUUUUGAGCCUCAAUCGCGAGUUCACGCACCAUCCGACUCUUGCCGAAGCCAGAACUCUGCACGACCGCCACACAUGGCGCCUUGUACUUUGUGGGGGUGUAGGCCUUCCAGCAGUCCCGCAGAUACUGUGCGAGGUCGAGGUGGGCUUCGCCGAGGUACCGGCCCUUGGUGAACGCCUCCGCGAUUCGCUUCAUUUCAUUUUCAUCCAACUUGGGCGUGCCGGAGCGGGCUUCAGGGACAAACUUUGCCAGGAGGUCUUUCACCGUCUUGGCCGCAAUAGUUUGUGCAAGAGGUGGAGACACGCGUGUAUGCCCGUAUGCUUCUCUGAUCUCCACCCAUAUCAAUCCAUGUAUCCGGUUCUGGGAGGCCUCGAGUUGGAGUGUGGCUUUGUUGGGAUAGUCGACCAGCAUCCACGCAACGAAAAGAUUUUUCUUCGGCGAUGCGUCUGCUCCAAGCUUCCCGCUCAUCUGAGCAAAGACACUGUCGUCCACGAACGCGGCCAAAGCCUGGGGAUCCAACUGGCUGGACAUGUCCAUCUGCAGCAGCACAGCAGUACACAGUCAGCAAUGCGGCAGUAGUAUCAUGACGACGUUGGCAAGGGCGCGGGCAUGCCUGCUAGUCCCGGUGGGCGGUGACAAGGCUUGGAGGGGAAAUGUGGAAAUGGCCGGUUGUCAGUUUUGUACCAGAACAUAUGGAGACACGCACUAUCUUGAAUUUGUAUAGAAGAGUGGUGUUUGACAGUGUGGAGAGGUCUAUACUCCCGGGCGGCGUGCCCGUGUCGUCCAGCUCCAAGCUCGAGAACAUCCGCGCCGGCAAGAAGAUCGUCACGCGCGAAGGACGCAUGGAGCCCGUGCCGCCGCGCGCGCUCGAGACGAGCGAGAUCCCGGGCAUCGUGGCGGACUACCGCACGGCCGCGGAGAACGCCCUCAAAGCGGGCUUCGACGGCGUCGAGCUGCACGCCGCCAACGGCUACUUGCUGGAGCAGUUCCUGCACGACGGCAUCAACGACCGCGCCGACCAGUACGGCGGCAGCGUCGAGAACCGCGCGCGCUUCCUGUUCGAGGCACUGGAGGCCAUCCUCGAGAGUCUGGACUCGUCCAAGGUGGGCAUCCGACUGUCCCCGUUCGGCGGCAGCUUCGGCAACAAGGACUCGGACCCCGUCGCCACCUACACGUACGUGCUGAACAGGCUCAACAACUACGACCUGGCCUACGCGCACCUGAUCGAGCCGCGUGGCUACCACGUGCGUGACCCGCUGGCACCCGAGAAGGGCUCGGCGCGGCAGUUCCGCGAGACGUACAAGGGCGUGCUCCUCGCCGCGUCGGGCUUCGACCGGCAGUCGGCCGUGCAGAUCGUGGAGGAGGGCGCGGCCGACGCCGUGGCCAUCGGCCGCCACUUCAUCUCGAACCCGGACCUGGUGCGGCGCUUUCAACUCAACAAGCCCGUGAACGACUACGACACGGACACGUUCUACCUCGGCGACGCGCGCGGGUACAUGGACUAUAAUACCCGUUCCUGCAGGACGAGUAGGUAG